ACUCCACAUUUCCCAAUAAAUCCCCAGUCUGUCCCUCCCAUUACACAUCGCCACUUCCAGGAGUAUUCAGACUAUCUGACACCUUCUCCACCUGGGCGGCAUUGCCAAAACAAACACCAUAGUCCUCUUGCCGCAAGCCUGCGCGUUCUUCCUCCCUAUCUGCGACCCUACGUUGACCUCAUAUUCCCUUUAAUCGCCUAAUUCCUGGACUAUACGCUCUUUAGUAUCACAUAUUCCAUCAUGGUUCUUGGACAGGCUCUGUCCCCUUACCAUAACAGACAUCCUAUCCCGGGGCUAUUGCCGAUGCGCACAGUGAAGAGCAAACAGUCACGAUUCUUCCCUCCGCCAACAUUCCUUGCCUCCCCCGACACGACAGAAUGCUAUUCUUCGACGCCCAAGGUACUGGAUUCCGCACCCACAGAAUCAGAACCUUCUGACUCGAAAUUUUCCAAUGUGCCAACACGUCCCACUCAUGCACAGAAGAAAGCCGCCUCUGCUGCAUGCCGCGCUCUUGCGUCGAUGAAGGUCAACUCUACUUUUGCUCUGUCAGAUAACGUCUCACAUGCCAACAAUACCUUACAUAAGGUGCCAAUUCAGGAAUCGCCAUCAUUCCCAGUACUAGGUGAAUCAUGCAGACCAUCUACGCCGUGCUCUGUAAGCCACGCAUUACAUGGUACACACCAGUCGCCGCCACCUCCUUUCAAGCUCAAUGUAUCCCAGUCAUGCUUCGUUCGAAGUUACAGAGAACCAUCCGAGGGGAUCACCACAUUCAAGCCUUCGCCUUCCCCACUCAUCACAGCACCGGUAACCUGUCCACACCCUUUCAUCAAUAUGCCAAAGCACCAGCCACCGCCAGCUGUACCAGAGGAUCUCUUCCAACAUUCUUCCUCGAAUUCGAUGCCACUCAGCCGAAACCCAGCCCUCGAACCUACAGGCCCAGAAGUGCAACAGGGACUGGACGAUUUCUUGGGCAUGGGACAUCCGAGUCCAUGUUGGUGCAGCAAGCAUGCAAAGCUGACUGCUCCUUCAUGCAAAGUUACUGCCCCUACUCUCGAAGAGACGAAGGCGUCCUAUGGAGGGGAUUUGUAUGACUAUACUGGACCCAGCGCAGAUUAUUCUGAUCCUGAAACCGACUCCGACGUGGGCGCCGUCUCCAUGUCACCUCCCUCUCAGAGUUCACGACCCGAGAUUGAUGACCUAUACGACAUGGUAUACCCGGCCGAAUCCAGCGACGACGAAUGGUCCAUCAUUUCCCCCGGCUCUCGAAAUCGCAAGCUUCGCUCUCAGUUCCUUCCUGCCACACCUGACGGUCACGUAGUAGGUCCUACCCAGCUUUUCCGCUCUCCUCUAGUACCAUUCCUAACACCAGAGUAUCUGCUCUCUUACUCAGACACCGAGACCUUUUUGCUGAGUCCCUCGAUUUUGUCUCCGGCGCUAUCCCCAGUUGAGCCAGCGCAGUUCCCGCAAGUCGAUAGACGUGAACGUAUAAGUAGCACGGCAAGCACUAGUAUUGGUGGCGGUUGGCAUACGCUAUAGGAAGUCUCAUAUUUCAAGCAGGUAGGAAAAGAUAUUAGGUGAAGACUAGUCAAGAGAGUGGGGUCGAGAUGGUAUAUAUGGGUGGCACGGACUAUGUUGUAGGUGUUGACUUCAGUGCUUCGAUCGAGGUACAUGGCCUUGAAUUCGGGAUUUACUGGCGCUCGUAAGGAAAGGGUUAGAUUGAAUUCUGGGAUUUCUCAUUAGUUUGUAUAGUAAUCGGUGUACGUCUCACGUUAAGUGAAACAGACAAGAAACUCAUUUACACCGACAUGAAGCAGCGCAACCUUGUAAAUCAGUACCUCAUAUUCCAGAUGCCGGACCAGGGGCC